AUGAUUAGCACGUCUAUGCCGGCAGCAGCUUCGCCAUCUCCUGUUUCUCAAGAUAACCACGACCUGUGGGAGACGGCCAAUAUCAACUCCUCUGCUGAUACAAGUACAAAUAGUGUUCAGAUUUCAGAAUUAUUAUCCACUGCUUCCAGAACAAAUGACGUUGAAGAUGCCACACUUGCUAUGCAGGGCCUUCGGAUCUUGCAGCCACCACCUGCUGCUGACAAUGGCGGCAACUAUGCACAGCAGUUGAAUGCCAGUGCGCCUGUUGGGACUGCUACAGCUAGCGCUCACGGGCCAUUAGACCCUGUCCUUGUGGCAGGAUUGGAGAAUGCACGUGAGAGGAUGACACUUUUGCAGUUCGAGGACCAGAUUGUGCGUUUUCUCAGAAACCCAAAAGAGCCGCACCUCAACUUUCCUCCGCUGUCUUCGUACCAUCGACUCAUUGUUCAUCGCCUGGCACAGCGCUGUGGAUUAGAGCAUCAAACAGCAGAUUACAAUCCAUACGAUAACAGCUCAGCACGCGUAGUGACGUUAUUUAAAACUCCACAGUCGGCUGUGCCGCUGGUGCUGUUAAUCGACCUGUCAUCUGAUCGACAAGCACCGACAUCCACACCAGCUUCUGCACCAAGGAUAAUGAUGCGGAAAUGUAGUGCUCCACGUCCGGGUGUCAAUGGCGGACGAGGUAAUAGCGCGGACAAAGCCACACCUUCAUUACAGGACCGUGAGCGAGCGUACGCCGAAGCACGGGCAAGAAUAUUUGGAGAGGAAGAUAACAGUACAGCAGCAGAAAUAGUGAUUUUACCAUCUCCGACGAUAUCGUUAGUGCAAGAUGACAGCAAAAACGAUGAUGGCCUUGGUAAUGCUGGACCUAGGCAUGGAUGCCGACAGGCUGUCGGACCUGAUGGCAGUAAAGGAUUUGGUCGUGGUAAAGAAACUAUAUAUUCAUCUGGAAACACGACUGGUUCGCGUCCUCGAUCACCGAAGGCACGACCCGGAGGUAACGAUAGCACCGUUCACUCGCGCUCAUCUAUUCCGAGCGCUCCAAAUGCAGCAAAUUGGAAGGAGAGUAAGGUUUUAUGGCGAAAUCGCGAACAGGAAAUGAAUGAUCCAGAUUUUACGCGCAAUCAUGACGCAUUUCGCCCUCGGUCCAGUGGCGGAGCAUCGAGUGGAAGUGGCAGUGGUGGCGAAUCGCCACACUAUGGCUAUCGCGUAGGUGGCGGCAUGGUUCGUUAUGGUCUCGGGGACCAGUCACAGCAGUAUGAUCGAUCUUUUGGCUAUCAACAUCAACAGAAUGCUUCAUCUCCACAGCCAACCGUCCGUAUGGGAUCCGGACGCGGCCAUUAUUAUAUUGGCGGACCUGAAUUUAGUAAUAGAGUAGACAUGAAUCAAUACCAGAGGGCCUCGCACCACCCACAACAGCAAAAUCACCCACACCAGGCCAACCCGCCUCUGUGCAUGCUCAUGGGGCGCGGUGGGUAUGGGUUUCCAUCACCAAAUGGACAUACCUCGGUUCAGCAAGGAAACUGGUUGCCGCCGCAUGCCAAUUCUCGAGUGGUAGGCAGCGGUAGUAGUGGAUUCAUUGACGAUGAUUUUCCACCACUUGGCAAAUAG